CACCGUCCGGGUGAGCUGUGUUUCCUGUGGCUCCGUCACCAAGCCUCGGUCGUGUUGCUUCCAGUGGUGCUUUUGAUACAUUCGGAAUAAAGUUCAUUUAUAUAAACAAUGACGUCUCUUUAGAAAAUGUGUGCGACUGAGUUAGUGACAUGGUGAGAAAGUUCUUAUCGAGCAACUUGAUUAUGUGGAUGAUAUAUUUGCUGAGAAAAAAUGCAAGGUGCUGAGGGGCUGGCGGCAGAAGUACGAGUUCCUGUUGGGUAUAGUGAAGGAACCCGGGCGCCUGCUGCCAGAGUCCCUGAUGAAGGAGAUACAGAUGGUCGAGGUCAAGCGGCAGGGGUACGCCAUCGAGCGGGCGCUGGUGCAGGCCAACCUUGAGACCUGGGAGGCCACCAUGGGCGGCAACAAGGGCAAGAAGCUGGUCGACAGCCGUCCUGAGAGCAUCAAGUCUCUGUACGAGCAGGUGGCCAACCUAGACUGCAUGUUGACCUCGCUGGAGACGCAGAUUGAAGUCCUCUCCGCUGUCCAGAACAACCUGCCCAAGGAAUUCAAUGACACGUUCCAUGACUCAGGCACGAGCGGUCAUGAGCCAGAUAGUUUGGAGGCCAUCCAGACGGUGGUGAACGGCGCCGACAUGGUCGAGGGCCGCCCUUCACCUGACGGCGACGCAGACGACGGGGGCGGAAGAGUGGUUGGAAGUAAACCCGAAGAUGCGGCGAUUUUGUUACAUCUUGAGCGUUGUAGCCACCGCCAGACGCGACGGACCUUGCAUGAGCUGAAGGAGAAGUACCAGACGCUCCAGCAGCAGCUUUCAGAGAGGGCCAUCAAACUCGACGACAUCGGCGUCAGGACGGUAGGCAGUGACCUGGAGUGCCUGCACAUUGAACAAGAAACGGUCCUCAAUUCCCUCGAGUCACUUAAUUCCAUCGCAUCUUCAGAUCGACUCGUCGACGAGCUCAAGCUGCGCGAGAUGACCAUCAGCCAACUGCGCACGAGGGUCCUUCAGCUGGAGAAAGACCGUCUGGAUAAGGUUCCCUUUGAUGCCGCAAAGGAGAUCACCAGACUCAAUAACAACCUGAUCCAGUUGGAAAAAGCAAGAGAUGAGUUAAGUAUACAAAACUUUGCUCUCAAGUCCCGUCUAUCUGACGUCACCUCUAAGAUCCACGACCCAGCCGCCACCUACCAGAUAAGUAAAGAUUCCAUCAGUCUGAAAGAAAGUACGUUACUUCAAAACGGAAAACCCGAAAACGGGAAACUUAAACAUGCAGACGACCCAGACGUGGUUAAAGUUCUCAGGAAAGCUACGUAUAAAGUCACAAAUGACACACAGAAACUGAGACAAUUAUGUUCAGAGUUCGACAACAAGGAAGAGGAAUACAAGAAACGAAUAGCAGACUUGGAAACCGAGGUGAAGAACCUUCAGAAUGAGAGCUCCAAGCAGCACGAUAAAGAUAGGGAGAUGGAGAACCGCCUGGAGCUGACAUCCCAGAAGCUUGAGGCCGCUGAGAGAUACCUCACGAGCAAGGAAGAGGAAUACAACAUGCUCAAACUCGACGUUGACACUCUUAACGAGGAGAAUAAAAGGUUAAAAGAAAGCCUCAAUGAACUGAUACUGAAGGAAAAGAGUCUGGUGCAGGAGUGCGAGGAGUUGACCACCCGGCAGGUGGUGCUGGAGGAACGCUUCGCCAAGCUUGCUGAUGAGAACCGGGUACUGGCCGAAGAUUUCAACAGAGAAAGAGUACUCAGGAAGAAGUAUUACAACCAGGUGGAGGAGAUGAAGGGCAAGAUCCGGGUGUUCUGCCGGGUGCGGCCUGUGAGCGAGGCCGAACGAGGGCAGGACAAUGGGCAAGUGGUAGCAACUACUGACGACGAGUACACUCUCUCCCUCAACACCCAGCGAGGCCUCAAGACCUUCCUCUUCGACAGAGUCUUCCAGCCCCAUGACAAUCAGGACACCGUCUUCCAAGACACUAAUGCUUUGAUCCAGUCGGCACUAGACGGGUUCAACGUGACCAUCAUGGCCUAUGGACAGACGGGGUCAGGCAAAACCUUCACCAUGUUGGGCACUGAGACCCAACCGGGUAUAGCGCCCAGGGCAUUCCGGCGACUCUUUCAACUUGUGGAGGGAGGGAAAGCCAGGUACGACGUCACCGUCUCAACCUACAUGAUGGAGUUGUACAACGAUAAGCUAAUUGAUCUGCUCAAGCCUAUCACUGUUACUGAGAAUGAGAGACUAGAGAUCAAGCGAGACAAGAAAGGCAGCGUCCACGUCCAGGGUGCCACAGUACGAAGCGUGUCAUCUGCCUCAGAGUUGUGUCAGGCGUUUGAGGAAGGUCUAACCAAUCGACACACCGCCUCUACCAAGAUGAACGUUGAGAGCUCACGGUCUCACCUGCUUAUAGUGAUUUGUCUUAAUGUUACCUCGAAGCAAACUGGAAAUGUUCUUAUGGGAAAGUUGACCCUGGUUGACCUGGCCGGCAGUGAGAGGGUCAGCAAGAGCGGGGCCUCGGCUGACCAACUCAAAGAGGCCAACUCCAUCAACAAGUCACUCUCAGCAUUGGGAGAUGUUAUAUCUGCUCUCUCUACUGAGUCCUCUUUUAUCCCUUAUAGGAAUAGCAAACUGACGAUGUUACUUCAGGAUAGUCUGGGAGGUAACGCCAAGACUCUUGUCUUCGUUAACGUCUCUCCAGCCGCUUACAACGCCGAUGAGACACUUAUAUCUCUCAUGUACGCCUCAAGAAUAAAACAGAUUACAAACACCAUCAGUAAAAACUCUGACAACAAGGAAAUAACCAGAUUAAAGUCUAUCAUAUGUAAGCUUAAAAAGGGAGAACCAGAGGAAGAGGCCUCGUGAGGCAAGGUAAAAGGCCCUGUGGUCAAUGAAAGAGGUCCUGGGACGCAGGGUAAGAGGUGCUGUUGCCAAAGGUGUAAGCCCCUAGGAAAAAGGGAGGAUGAUGCAGCCAGGAGCAGCAUUAGCCUUUACUACCAACCGACCAUCAACGGUAGAGCCAUUUGCCGUUGUUAGGGUGCGGAGCAUCAAGGUAGAAAGGACGAGUCUUGAAGGAGAGGACGGCUUCCGUUAGUCAUCGCAGGAACAAGAGUCAAGUGUGGCUCUUCUUGUCCAUGCAGAAAGCGGUCUCCUGUUUUCAUUCUGGCUGUCUAGGUUUUUCUGGUCACAGUAAGGAGUAAAGGAUUGGGAAAAUCUCUACCCUGCUUGAAACCAGAUUUUAUAUAAUAGUUCUAAGCUCUUACGACUCUUAAAAGCUGUGUGUUGAGCUGGUGAAAGGAAGAAAACUUAAAAUAUAUCAUAAAAACCAAAGGAUAUAAUUUACAUAUAAGAAAAAUCGCUCGUCUCAAUUAAAAUAUUUGACAGCGUAAAUGUAUGGCCUUUGUCUUUAUCUGUGAAGAAUUAAAGAGUAAAUUCUAAGUAAUAGUUAAUUAAGUAAAAUGCUUGUACAAAACUAUAUUAUUUUAAAAUGAUCUUUCGUAUAUAUUAGGUUUUUUGGAAAUUGAGGGAGCUUGUUCUAAUCAUUCUAAGUCAAAAAGUUAAUUUUUUAUAAUAUUUACUAUAUGAGCACAACUGCGUGUUUUAAAAGUUGUAUGAUAACCAUUUUUACAUUGAGAAGACAUAGUGUAGUCUAUGUGAAUUAAGUGUGGUAGAGUGAAUGUAUAAUGUAUAUAGUGAAUGUAUACCAUUAGCUUGAGGGAUGGCACUAAACCAAAACCGUGCUCAGAUGACUCUGUGCUACUCCUGAUUAAAGUCAACCUUGAUCGUUGAUCGUGAUGAUGUUCGACUUCUGACCAAACAAGAAUUUUUGUAUCCAUUAGACUAAGCCAUUAAGUCUUAACAUCUUGCAACGCGGGUUCGAUAGAGGCUCUCAUAUUUUACAGGACCUAAAAUUUCCAGCUUCACGUUAUUGUUAGGUAUACAAAUAACAUGAGUUAUAAAUCCCCUAACAACUACUUGUUAUGGAGCAUAAUAUUAUGUUACACAACUUCGUUGUUACUGAGGUUUACCAGAAAGCAGAUUUUCAUGUUAAGAUAUGUUUUUAUUUCCUCAAUCACCACGAAUUUCAGAGAACAAGCCACAAAACCCUAACCCACAUGUAUGAAACUGAAAGAAAAGGACUUCUCUUUGGUUCGUACUGGGCCUUUAUAAUGUCACGAGUUGAUACGGGUCCAGAACUGCCAAAUUGUCGUCACUUUCAAUAUCAUAUGUGGAUGGGUUAUCUAUUGAUUAAAAAUGAUUAAUAUAGACGUAAAUUUCCUCAUGUUGCAUUGUAAAUACCAUUGUAUCACCCAACACUCUCAUCAGAACCGUUGAGUUUACACUGGUUAAUGUUGUUUCAUAAAAUCAUUUUUCUUUGUUGCAAAUUAUUGCUCUACAAAUCAGCUUGACUUCAGAGACUACGUAUGAUGGAUUUUCGUUAAUUGCCAGAUUUUUAUUUCGACUAUGCCUUCUUUGUCUAUCCACUUGGACUGGUCGGUAAAGUGCUGUCUUUGCACUUUACCGACUCGCAGGUCUGUUGGGCCUGGUGGUCCAAUUGGCUUGGUCCUCUUCUCCGUUCCCUUAUCCUAGCUUCUAUCCUAUUCUCACACCCCUUCCACAAUGCUAGAUAGUUAUUUUGGCUAAAUACUUUCUUCUUAUAAUUUACGUUUUCGUGACUUCAAUGAAAUUAUAAUUUAUCUGAAACUAAUGACACAAAAUUAUAACAUAGGUAACUGAUAUUAAUAUAU